UGAAUCGCACGAGGAAUGCGGUAGCGGCCGGUCCUUCGCAGUUUCAUGCAAAUUUGAAAGAAUAGAUCGUGAGAUUGUUCAUUGUCCACUUCGCGUGCAUUAGCAUAUCACGGCUUAUUACUCUGGGUUGCUUGCACCCUGCCUAAAGCGCGUGAAUUUAGCAAGCUAGGAUUUAACCGGCGUUGCUACCCACUCAACUCCAAACAACUGAGACAUGGCUACUGAUACUCGAGAUAAAUUCAGCAUCGUCGACUACGUCGUUUUUUCCAUCAUGUUGCUGAUCUCGGCGCUGAUCGGAAUAUGGUACGGUUGCGGACCUGGAGGAAAACAGAAAACAACCGCCGAGUAUCUCCUGGCGAAUCGCAAAAUGAGGCAUUUUCCAGUGGCCAUUUCGCUGCUGGUGUCAUAUUUGUCGGCGAUCACUUUGCUCGGGGUUCCAUCAGAAAUUUACACGUAUGGAGCUCAAUACUAUGUCCUGAUCGUUUCAUACUUCAUCAUCUGCGGCACUGUAGCGGUUGUGUUCGUUCCCAUGUUUAGGCGCGUUAAUAUCACUUGUGCCAACGAGUAUUUAGAGCUUCGCUUCUCUGUUGGAGUCAGGAUGGUUGGCUGUCUGUUUUUCAUUCUGGAAUAUACAUUAUAUCUUUUUGUUGUCCUCUACGCUCCGUCCCUUGCCUUGGAAGCUGUUGCUGGAAUUCCACUGUCAGCUUCUAUUCUCACAACAGGAAUAGUUUGUACUUUCUACACAAGCCUUGGUGGUCUUAAGGCUGUCAUUUGGACAGAUGUGUUUCAGUCCAUGAUAAUGGUCGCUGGACUUAUUGUGGUUGUGAUUGUUGGCAGUAUUGAAGUUGGUGGCUUUAGCGAGGUCUGGCGAAUCAACAAACAAUUUGACCGCCUCAAUUUCUUUGACUUUAAUCCUGAUCCAAAGGUCCGCAAUACAUUUUGGACACUAACGCUCGGGGGUGCAUUCACUGCCAUGCCAGUCUGGACUGUCAGCCAGACAGCUGUUCAGCGUUUCCUUGCCAUAAGAUCAUACAAGGAUGCUAGAAGAGCGGUGUGGUUGAACGUGCCUGGGUUGAUCAUCAUUGUCACUCUCUGCUGUUUGGAUGGCCUUGUUAUUUUCGCUGUUUACUCCGAUUGCGAUCUACGUGUUCGAGAGGUUAUCACCAGCAAUGACCAGACUCUCCCAUUUUUCGUGAUCGACAAACUUGGACAUCUGAAGGGACUGCCGGGAAUGUUUACGGCUUGUCUUUACGCCGGAGCCCUCAGUUGUAACUGCAAACGUUUAUCUCAGUAUUUAGAGCUUCGCUUCUCUGUUGGAGUCAGGAUGGUUGGCUGUCUGUUUUUCAUUCUGGAAUAUACAUUAUAUCUUUUUGUUGUCCUCUACGCUCCGUCCCUUGCCUUGGAAGCUGUUGCUGGAAUUCCACUGUCAGCUUCUAUUCUCACAACAGGAAUAGUUUGUACUUUCUACACAAGCCUUGGUGGUCUUAAGGCUGUCAUUUGGACAGAUGUGUUUCAGUCCAUGAUAAUGGUCGCUGGACUUAUUGUGGUUGUGAUUGUUGGCAGUAUUGAAGUUGGUGGCUUUAGCGAGGUCUGGCGAAUCAACAAACAAUUUGACCGCCUCAAUUUCUUUGACUUUAAUCCUGAUCCAAAGGUCCGCAAUACAUUUUGGACACUAACGCUCGGGGGUGCAUUCACUGCCAUGCCAGUCUGGACUGUCAGCCAGACAGCUGUUCAGCGUUUCCUUGCCAUAAGAUCAUACAAGGAUGCUAGAAGAGCGGUGUGGUUGAACGUGCCUGGGUUGAUCAUCAUUGUCACUCUCUGCUGUUUGGAUGGCCUUGUUAUUUUCGCUGUUUACUCCGAUUGCGAUCUACGUGUUCGAGAGGUUAUCACCAGCAAUGACCAGACUCUCCCAUUUUUCGUGAUCGACAAACUUGGACAUCUGAAGGGACUGCCGGGAAUGUUUACGGCUUGUCUUUACGCAGGAGCCCUCAGCACUGCCUCUUCAGCUCUGAAUGCCAUGGCUCUUGUGAGCCUGGAAGAUGUCGUGAAGAAAAAGAUCCCGGAUAUCUCCGACUCCGAUGCUGCCAAGCUUUGCAAGAUCGUCGCCCUGUCGUUUGGUGUUAUCGUUAUUGGUGGAGCUUUUGUUGUAAAGUACGUGGGUACCAUGGUUUUACAGUUGGCGUACAGUAUUUUCGGAAUCUGCGGUGGACCUUUGUUGGGAAUCUUCUUUCUUGGAAUGUUUGUCCCUCGAGCUAACUCUAAGGGCGCAUAUUUUGGCGUAUUCACCGGUGCCGCUUUAACAACCUGGGUAUUCCUUGGAUCAGUGUUGUAUCCACCCAAUAAGUACCCAGGCCUCCGCUCGGUCCAGGGCUGUGAUUUCUACGUGAACGCCACGCGAACUGCCGAACUCUACAAUGGCACCUACGAUAACGCAACUGCUGAAGUCUUCGAGAAAUGGGGAAAUGGCAUAAUCAAGAAUCCUUUCAAAGGACACAGCGCCCCCAUCGCUGAUUUCUACAGCAUGUCGUAUCUUUGGUUCAGUGGUCUGUCCGUUCUAACAUCGUUUGUUGUUGGAAUUAUAAUGAGUUUAAUUCUUGAAACGAAGGAGGACAAGGAAAGAGUGAUUGAUCCUAAGUUGUUGUUCCCGGUAAAGGAAUGGCUGCUUUCCUGGCUGCCUGGGCACAGCUUUAAAUGGGAUUUUGUGGAAGAGGAGGAAGCUAAACUGAGGGAAGAAGAACUUGAGGAAAGCAAGCCUAUUCAUCAAGAGGAAAUCAAAAUUAACUGGGACGAAACUUCGCCAUUGGAUCCAAGUGACAAGCCCGAGAAAGAUGAAAUGGGCAAGUUAUACACGGAUAAUCUUAUUCAGUCUUCCAAACUGUAAUGUAACCGAUUUCUUCUUAACACAAGUUUUAGGUUUCCAGUUAAGAAGCUCCGCAGGCUAUUUAGGUCGUUGGUGACCGCCUAACGCUUAGCCUUACACUAUAGAGCGUUUUCACUCACCAGGCCAGCAGCCAUGCAAAUUUAUUGGAACAAACGGAAGUGUACGUUUACAUAAGAAAAGAGUUUAAAUCUCACAGGAGUGGUUUAGUACACCAACAUGGCCGCCGUUUCUUUGUUUUGGAAUACCAAUAUGGCUGCCAUGACGUCAUGUGAAAACGCUCUUUUCACUCUCGUUUCCAGAGCCCAAGGUGUCUUUUAGUCAGGGGAGGGGGCUCUGGGCGGAAACUCCAAACAGCAACGACCUAGAUAAGAAAUGCGAGUUGGAGAGAUUAAUAUCUGGGUGAAUCAUCCUUAUUCGCCUUGUAAUCUCAAAAUCUAUUUUCGAGAAAAGAUAACACCAACUAAUUUUCCAAGGAUGUCUGCUCAUACGAGUUCUAUUUCUCUUCACUACACAAAGCUAGCGCUUUCUUACAAUUACAGAGUAUUUUCUGCUUCAUGUUAUGCCAUCUUUAUAUUUCAAGCGGUAAUGCAAGGGUAGGGUGUAGCUUAUAACGUAUUCCAACAUAAAAUAACGGGGGUUUUUAUGACGGUUUCCUAAAUUUGUUUGGAAGACUUUAUAAAGUGUUCUGCUGACAUGUGUUCCGGGAACUUUGACAUGGUACCGAAACAGAAAUAUAUGCCCUAAAGUCGUAUGCACGGUGUUGUCUGGAUCUGUUUUCGAGCCAUCCCUGUCCGACUGUUACAAAUGCCGUAAACUGCCGCUUUUAAGCCCUGGGCUUAUACAACUUCGUAAGGGCUUUUAGAUCAGUGGGAUUGUGAACGGGGGGACUUAUACCGAAGGGGCUUAUCACCAGAAUAGAAAAACCGGUUAAAAAGAGUUAUAGCAGUGUUGAUCGAAAUAGAUUUUUCAUUUACUGGUUUUUAAUUAAGCUUUAAAACAAUUCGAAACAAGGAAAGCUAUAGGGGGCUUACAUCCGGGCGGGGCUUGUAACCGGAUGUAUCUUUUAGUGUACAGAUAAAUGAAAGUAUCACCGGGGGGCUUAUAAGCGUGGGGGUGGGGGNGGGGGGCUUAUAAGCGGAAGUUUACGGUAGCUAGUAUCAAGAUUCAUGGAAAUAAUCUGAGAAUGUUAAGGGGUUUUGUGACAAUAGCUCUGGGCUAGGUUAUGUGUAGUACAGAUAAAAGUUUGUUUUUCAUUGUAAAUACAUUUAAAAUCGUAACUCUCAGUGGCGGGUUUAACUCUCGUUAUAUAUUGCAAGAGAGUCGGAGUGUUUUGGAUCUAGGCCUGCAAGUUAUCAAAAGCACGUAUGGGUUGGGUCGAAGCUACUCCAGAAAAAUGUGUGAAUUAAGUAACUACCAGCUUUUCCGAGUUUAAUCAGAGCUUCUUUUUAUAACGAUUUCCUAGAAAUUGUUAGAGUGAGGCCCUAAUCCAGAGCUUUUAAAGCACAUAUGUAUACUUUAAGUGAUGCACUACCGAGUGGACUGCGGUACUCAAUUUAACAUAAUUUUUGUAACAUCGACGUUCAACAGACCUUUGUCAGAAAGAAAAUGUUGAUACGCAACUUCAGGUUAACGACGAAAUAAAAUUUGUGAUCAUACUGUCUUGUA